GCAGUGGCUUUGGGCACACACAUCCACCCUCGGCCAGCCACCAGGCGAGCGCUGCCUCGCAGCCCAGCCCCCGGCAGCCGCCAGGCCCCGCGGGCCCCCGGCUGAUGCCCACGCAGCCCUCCCGCCGCAGGGCCGCCGUCCCCACGCGCCCCUAGAGGCUCCGCAGGACCCGGCACAGGAUGGGAGGCGCUGCCGGGCUCAUCCACACCUCCCUGGCCGUCGGCACCUUCCUGGUUUGGUGCCAAGCCCAGAGCGGGAUGAGGAGCUACGGGCCGGUGUUCGAGGAGCAGCCAUCCCACACCCUCUUCCCUGAGGGCUCGGCAGAAGAAAAGGUCACCCUGGCCUGCCGAGCCCGGGCCAAUCCCCCCGCCACCUACAGGUGGAAGAUGAACGGCACGGAGCUGAAGCUGGAGCCGGAUUCCCGCUACAGGCUGGUGGCCGGGGAUUUGGUGAUCAGCAACCCCGUGAAGGCCAAGGAUUCCGGCUCCUACCAGUGCGUGGCAUCCAAUUCCAGGGGCACCGUGGUGAGCAGGGAGGCCUCGCUCCGCUUUGGCUUUUUGCAGGAAUUCUCAGCAGAAGAGCGGGACCCCGUGAAGAUCACUGAGGGCUGGGGGGUGAUGUUCACCUGCAGCCCCCCGCCCCACUACCCAGGUGCAUCCUACCGGUGGCUCCUGAACGAGUUCCCCAACUUCAUCCCGGCCGACGGGAGACGUUUCAUCUCCCAGACCACGGGCAACCUCUACAUUGCCAAGACGGAGGCCUCGGACCUGGGCAACUACUCCUGCUUUGCCACGAGCCACAUGGACUUCAUCACCAAGAGCGUCUUCAGCAAGUUCUCCCGCCUCAGCCUGGCUGCAGAGGAUGCCAGGCAGUUCCCACCCAGCAUCAAGGCCAGGUUCCCUGCGGACACCUACGCUCUGACCGGGCAGGUGGUGACCCUGGAGUGCUUCGCCUUUGGAAACCCCGUGCCCCGAAUCAAGUGGAGGAAGCUGGAUGGGCCGCAGUCCUCCAAGUGGAUCGGCAGCGAGCCCCUGCUGCAGAUCCAGCAGGCUGGAUUUGAGGAUGAGGGGACGUACGAGUGUGAGGCGGAAAACGCCAAAGGGAGGGACACCCACCAGGGCCGCAUCAUCAUCCACGCCCAGCCCGACUGGCUGGACGUGAUCUCGGACACCGAGGCCGACAUCGGGUCCGACCUGCGCUGGAGCUGCGUGGCCUCGGGCAAGCCCCGGCCCACGGUGCGGUGGCUGCGGGACGGGCAGCCCCUGACGUCCCAGAACCGCAUCGAAGUGAGCGGUGGAGAGCUGAGAUUUUCCAAGCUAGUCCUGGAGGACUCUGGCAUGUAUCAGUGUGUGGCUGAGAACAAGCAUGGCGCAGUUUAUGCAAGUGCUGAAUUAACAGUGCAAGCCUUUGCUCCAGAUUUUAGACUAAACCCGGUGAAGCGCCUGAUCCCGGCAGCCCGGAGUGGGAAGGUCAUCAUCCCGUGCCAGCCACGAGCAGCACCAAAAGCCACCGUGCUCUGGACCAAAGGGACAGAACUCCUGGUCAACAGCAGCAGGGUGACGAUUACGGCGGACGGGACCCUGAUCCUGCAGAACAUCAGCAAAUCCGAUGAGGGAAAAUACACCUGCUUUGCUGAGAACUUCAUGGGCAAAGCCAACAGCACUGGAAUCCUCUCUGUCCGAGAUGCCACCAAGAUCACGCUGGCGCCAUCGAGCGCCGACAUCAACGUGGGCGAGAACCUCACCCUGCAGUGCCACGCGUCCCACGACCCCACCAUGGACCUCACCUUCACCUGGUCCCUGGAUGAUUUCCCCAUCGACUUUGACAAGUCCGAGGGGCACUACCGGCGAGCCAGUGCGAAGGAGGCCAUCGGGGACCUCAGCAUCUCCAACGCGCAGCUGCGGCACUCGGGGCGUUACACCUGCACGGCCCAGACUGUGGUGGACAGCGCGUCCGAGUCAGCCACGCUCACCGUCAGAGGACCUCCAGGCCCACCCGGGGGGGUGGUGGUGGGGGACAUCGGUGACACCAGCGUCCAGCUGAGCUGGAGCCGUGGCUUCGACAACCACAGCCCCAUCGCCAGGUACCUCAUCGAGGCCCGGACCCUCCUGUCCAACCAAUGGAAGCAGAUGCGCACCAAUCCCAUAAACAUCGAGGGCAACGCGGAGACGGCGCAGGUGGUGAACCUCAUCCCGUGGAUGGAUUACGAGUUCCGGGUCCUGGCCAGCAACAUCCUGGGAAUUGGGGAGCCCAGUCUGCCCUCCAGCAAAAUCCGCACCAAAGAAGCAGCACCGACAGUGGCACCGUCCGGGCUUGGCGGCGGCGGAGGGGCUCCCAACGAGCUCAUCAUCACCUGGACGCCGACGCUGCGGGACUACCAGAACGGGGACGGCUUUGGGUACAUCGUGUCCUUCCGGAGGAAGGGCAGCCAGGCCUGGCUGAGGGCGCGGGUGCCGCACGAGUCGCUGCACUUCGUGUACCGCAACGAGAGCAUCGCACCCUACACCCCCUUCGAGGUGAAGAUCAGGGCCUACAACAGGAAAGGGGAGGGCCCCGAGAGCCUCACGGCCAUCGUGUACUCGGCAGAGGAAGAACCCAAAGCGGCUCCUUACAGGGUCAUUGCCAAGUCUGUCCUGUCCUCGGAGAUGGAUGUGUCCUGGGAGCCCGUGGAGCAGGGAGAAAUGACUGGAGUCCUUUUGGGAUACGAGAUCCGGUACUGGAAGGACGGGGACAAGGAGGAGGCGGCUGACAGAGUGAGGACAGCGGGGCUGGUGACAUCGGCCCAUGUCACCGGCCUGAACCCCAACACCGACUACCACGUGUCCGUGCGAGCCUACAACCGGGCAGGGACCGGCCCCCCCAGCCCCGCCACCAACGUCACCACCACGAGACCUCCACCAAAAAGGCCACCUGGGAACAUCUCCUGGACUUUUUCCGGCUCCACAGUCAGCAUCAAGUGGGACCCCGUGGUGGCCAAGGCAGACGAGUGCGUGACGGGGUACAAGAUGCUCUACAGGCAGGAUUCCCACUCGGCCCCCACCCUGUACCUGGCCAGCAAGAGCCACAUCGACAUCCCCAUCCCUGAGGAUUUCACUCACGCCUUCGUCCAGAUCCGGGUGACCGGGCCCGGCGGGGACGGGACCCCGGCAGAAGUUCACAUCCUCAGGAACAGCGGGACGAGCAUGAUGGUGGAGGACUCGGGGAUGAGGCCAGCGCCACACGUCGUGGUCGUCACCACCAACUCCCUGCUGAUGGUGGCCCUGAUCAGCUCCCUGGAGCUCUGACCUCGGCUCCUCCCCGUCCCAUGGGAGCAACGCAAAUCCCACGGGAACAACACCAAAUCCCAUGGGAACAACACCAAUCCCAUGGGAACAACACCAAAUCCCUUGGGAACAACACCAACCCCAUGGGAACAACACCAAUCCCACUUUGGGGCAGCACCACGGGGGAGAGAGAGGAUUGGACCACGUGGUUGGAAGGGAGGAAGAAAUUAAAAAUAGCGUUUUUUUUUUUUUGGUUUGGAGGAACAAAAGCUUUCAUACAAGACAUGGGUCUUUAACUGAUUAAAUGUUUUUUAAGGAAAAUGAAGAAAAUGAUGAAUUCUCCAGGAAUUCUGCCGCCAGCUGCCCCCGCCCUCACUGUAUCCAUAGGUUUUCUGCCUUAUUGAAGCCAUGUAUGAGAUAACCAGACUGCUAAAUUUGACUUUUUUUUUUAACUCUGUACAGUGAAUUCCGUGGGGGGACGGGGACUGAGGAGUUCAGGGACCAGCAUGUUCCACACCCAUCCCACCACAGCCAGCUCGGAGCAUUUGUGGGACAGGAUUGACCCUUUUUUCCACAAAAAAAAAAGGAGCCAAACCCUGCAGGAACCAGCCCAAGGAGACAAACCCACGGGAGGGACGAGCUCUGCCUCAGCCUGAAAAUCUUUUUUUACUACUCUGGUGUUCACUUGCAGCCCCAGCCUGGUGCUUGUCUCAGCUGUGAGGUGCAAAUUCCGUUUUCCCAUAUCCCACGUGCUUUUGGGGUGGAUUUGUCACCCUGUUUGCCUCUUUGGGAGAAGGGGAUCCUUUCCCAGAACCCUUAAUUUGGGCAGCUCUGCCUAAAAACGGAGGUGUCAAUAAAUCCAAUUUCAGAGGGGCUUAAAGAAGGAAUUUUUUUUAAAAAAAUGACAAAACUAAAACAGGAAUGGGAGACUCCAGGAAGCUGCCACUGGGACAAGAAGGAAAAUUUUGACUCGGAUUCAUCUCCCUGCACUGAGAAUUCACCCAGCCAAAAUUCCAGGCUCGGAUUGGGACUGCAAAGGCUGAGAUCCAGCCAGGAAGAGGCUCUGGAUUCCAGCUCUGACAGCUGCUGGACAUCCCAAGGAAAUUCUGGGAUGCUGAGGAGCCUGGGAAAAGCAGAAACGCUGAGCUGAGCACCCACAGGACUGGCUGGGAAUCGACGUGCCUGUUGAAACCUCUGUCUCCCAGUAAAGCAGUUGACCAAA